UUAGGGGACUGCCUCUUAGAACAGAGUCUAACUCUUGUUCUUUUUAAUUAAAAAAAAAAACUUAUCAGCCCGCACCUACUUCUAAGUGAAGCUGAGUACUACUUUUUCAGUGUUCAACUUAAAAGAUCUCUGGGCAGCAGACUAAAAUGUUUGUUUUAUAAUUGCCUGCUGAACUAUGAUAGUUUGUUUCCAGAUGGUGCCCUUCCUUCAACCUGCACACAGUCUCUCCUUGUUCGGAGCUUUUCAACCUCCUGCCGAUCACACUACCCCCACCCCUAUUUAAAGCUACAGAGAGGAAAUCCUAAAGAGAUUUUCCCCCCAAGUCUCCAGCAAAUUUUUGGUGACGUAAUAUGUGGGCUGAACUUGAGUCUCCUGAGAAAGAGAGGGAAUCACUAUUCAAGGGUACUGUAUAUACAAUCUGGGUCAGCUGCAGCUGGUUACUGAAUUUCUCCAUGUGGCAGACAGCAAAGCCACAAUGCUUUCUCUGCUGGAUUAAAGACAGCCCACAGACCAGGAACUUCCACUAUACUACUUAAAAUUACAUAGGUGGCUUGUCAAAUUCAACUGAUUUGUGCUGUAAGAAGAAAAAGAAGUUCCUUAGUACAGCUUGGAUUCAUCGGUCCAAAACAAAAAUGCAGUUGCCAUUAAAGUCACAGACGAACAAACUUCUACACUGAUUUUUAAAAGCAAGAGUAAGAGCAGCAAGUCUCUGGGUUUGCUUUCAACAGAUGCAAAAGACGUCAUACAACCUCAUUUCAAAAUGAAGGCUUUUAUCUGGACCCUAAGUGUGCUAUUCUUUCUACUAAUGGGCAUUGGACAUUGCAGAGGAGGACAGUUCAAAAUAAAAAAAAUAACCCAGAGGAGAUACCCUCGUGCCACAGAUGGUAAAGAGGAAGCAAAGAAAUGUUCAUAUACAUUCCUGGUACCUGAACAAAAAAUAACAGGGCCAAUAUGUGUCAAUACCAAAGGGCAAGAUGCAGGUACCAUUAAAGACAUGAUCACCAGGAUGGACCUUGAAAACCUGAAGGACGUGCUCUCCAGGCAGAAGCGGGAGAUAGAUGUCCUGCAAUUGGUGGUGGAUGUAGAUGGAAACAUUGUCAAUGAGGUAAAGCUGCUGAGAAAAGAAAGCCGUAACAUGAACUCUCGUGUUACUCAACUCUAUAUGCAACUAUUACAUGAGAUUAUCCGUAAGAGGGAUAAUUCACUCGAACUUUCCCAGUUGGAAAAUAAAAUCCUCAAUGUCACCACAGAAAUGUUGAAGAUGGCAACAAGGUACAGGGAACUAGAGCUGAAAUAUGCUUCCUUGACUGAUCUUGUCAAUAACCAGUCUGUGAUGAUCACUUUGUUGGAAGAACAGUGCUUGAGGAUAUUUUCCCGACAAGACCCCCAUGUGUCUCCUCCUCUCGUUCAGGUAGUGCCACAGCACAUUCCCAACAGUCAUCAGUAUCCUCCUGGUCUGCUGGGAGGCAAUGAGAUACAGAGGGAUCCAGGUUAUCCCAGAGAUUUAAUGCCACCACCUGAUCUGGCAACUUCUCCCACCAAAAGCCCUUUCAAGAUACCACCAGUAACUUUCAUCAAUGAAGGACCAUUCAAAGACUGUCAGCAUGCAAAAGAAGCUGGACAUUCUGUCAGUGGGAUUUAUAUGAUCAAACCUGAAAACAGCAAUGGACCAAUGCAGUUAUGGUGUGAGAACAGUUUGGAUCCUGGGGGUUGGACUGUUAUUCAGAAAAGAACAGAUGGCUCUGUCAACUUCUUCAGAAAUUGGGAAAAUUAUAAGAAAGGAUUUGGAAACAUAGAUGGAGAAUAUUGGCUUGGACUGCAAAAUAUCUAUAUGCUUAGCAAUCAAGAUAAUUAUAAGUUGUUGAUUGAAUUAGAAGACUGGAGUGAUAAAAAAGUCUAUGCAGAAUAUAGCAGCUUUCGCCUGGAACCUGAAAGUGAAUUCUAUAGACUGCGCCUGGGAACUUACCAGGGGAAUGCUGGGGAUUCUAUGAUGUGGCAUAAUGGUAAACAGUUCACCACACUGGACAGAGAUAAAGAUAUGUAUGCAGGAAACUGCGCCCACUUUCAUAAAGGAGGAUGGUGGUACAAUGCCUGUGCACACUCUAACCUAAAUGGAGUAUGGUACAGAGGAGGCCAUUACAGAAGCAAGUACCAAGACGGAAUAUUUUGGGCUGAAUACCGAGGUGGCUCAUACUCCUUGAGAGCAGCUCAGAUGAUGAUCAAGCCUAUUGACUGAAGGGAGACAGUCUCCAAUUUAAAUGACAUAGAACUCUAUUUUUCAGUUCCUAAAAAUGUAAAUGUUACAUGUAUAUUAUUUUGCACAAUUCACUUCUACAGAUAUAGUUUUUAAAUGAAUUUUACUAUAACUAUAAAAGGGGAUUUAUGAAUGUAAUUUCAUCUUCCCUUAAUAUACUGCAGAUUAUUUGUAUCUAUAAUCCAAGUUAUUUUAAAAAUAUUAUUGACUAAAUACAGGCAAAGUUUGUUCUCUAAAAUGUAAAUAUUUGCCACAACGUAAAACAAAUUUUAGCUUUAUUUUAAAUCAAAAUUCAAUCAUGUUCAAGAUCCUUAUCAAUUUAUUUAAAAACUUUAUGAAAAUGCUAUAACUUCCAAUGGAAAAAUAAUUUUAAGAUUCAGCAAAAUAAUACAUUUUAUUUAUAAAAAUAUACACAGGAAAUUAGAAGAAAACUCUAGUUUUGCCAACAUUCUGCAUUGAAUAAAAGUUACUUCAUAUUGAAUUUGUGCCUUUCACAUGAAAUGAUUAAAUAUGAAUUCUUGACAAUAUAUUUUAUGUCAAUUUUCCAAAAGAAUUAAGAAAACCACAGUAUUAAAAUACAUAUCUUUAAAAACAAAAAAAUGCCGUAUUUAAAUGGUCAAUUUAUAAAAACAGAAAUAUACAAAUGAAUGUUUCAAUAUUAUCUUCGUAUGAUUUGCUGAACA